AUGGACUCUGACAACGAGGAUAACCAGGAGCGUCGCCCAGAGCACCCAUCCAAGCGCAUAUGCGUGCGCGCAGAGGCGGCCGUGGACCAGAUUGCCGAGCUGCGUGCUACCUUUGCCACAGAGGUGGAGGCGUUGAAGCAUGGUCUGGCCAAAAUCUCCAUGGAAAAGGCCAUGUUGCUGGCCUCCUCGGCCAGGGUGGAGGCCAUGAUCAAUCAGAUCAACACCGUCACGCCCAGCUUGAUCAAGAGCGUUGAUCUAUUGAUUCAGCAGAGCCAGCUGAUUAGCGCCCAGGUGGGCCAGGGCAUUCGACCCCUGAGUAAUGGUACCAUUGCCAAAUUGGUAAUGCUUCAGGUGCAGCUGUCCAAGAAGGAGCAGCUGGUGCAGGAGCUACGCGACAAGCUGGAGCUGCAUGCGACCACCAUCAAUGAGCUGCAGGCGGCCUUCACCAAGGACACUGAUGUCGAGGUCAAGGCGCGUCGCGAAAUGGAGCGUACUGUGGACGCAAUGCUGCUCUCCAUUGACGCCAACAUGACCUGUGCGAUCUGCCUGUCCGACUGGAGCAAGGUCGGCGAGCAUCGCGUCGUCUCGCUGCCCUGUGCCCAUCUCUUUGGGGAGGAGUGCGCCUACGCCAGCCUGCUGGCCUACCAGCACUGCCCAAUGUGCCGCAGCCCAUGCACAACCGCCGACAUCAAGCGCGUCUACAAGGAUGUCGGAGAGCCCAACCGUACCUUUCCCAAGCUUUUCCUAUAG